AUGGAGGGUAAAGUCAUUGCAAUAUCUGGUGGUGCAAGCGGGAUCGGGCUGGCAACAGCAAAGAUAUUGGCAAGCCGUGGCGCGAAAUUGUCUCUGGCAGAUUGGAACGAAGAGGCCCUGAAGGACGCUGUAAAGGGAUUUAAGUCUUCUGAAAUCCUAACCACAAAGCUGGACGUCAGAUCGUCCCAGGACGUCGACCAAUGGAUCGCGAAGACCGUUGAGCACUUCAGUCGCCUGGAUGGCGCUGCUAACUGUGCAGGCGUGUUUGGGAAGCAUGCAAAGAACGAGCCACUCGCACAUGUUUCGAACGAACAGUGGGACACGGCCAUUGGAAUCAACCUGACAGGGUUGAUGUACUGCGUUCGAGCCGAACUCCAGCAAUUUGAGAAGAAGGGCACUGGAGGCAGCAUCGUGAAUGUUGCAUCCGUAGCAGGUCUGCUGGGUUUGCCGGGCUCUGCGGCGUACACUGCUUCGAAACACGGAGUGGUUGGGAUGACAAGGGCUGCGGCCAAAGAGUACGGGCCCAAGGGAAUUCGAAUCAAUGCAGUGGCUCCAGGUGCCAUUUACACUCCGUUGAUGUUACAGUCGCAAGAAAUAAACAACGCAGGCAAGGAAUAUCCCCCUUUCGCGUCCCUGGGUCGGCACGGUCUGCCUGAUGAAGUUGCAAACAUGAUCGUUUUCCUGCUCGGCCCAGAAAGUUCCUAUGCAUCCGGAGCUGUCUUUACCAUCGAUGGCGCUUGGAACUGUUAG